AUAUAUAUAAAUAAUAAUAAUAGUUUCCUGAUCUUUCUUAUCUCUCUCAGAUACAGGACAGACACUUCAGAACAAAGUUCCCUUAGAUUUUUUUUGCGGGGGACGAUCUGUUUAUCCAUGUAUGAAACGGUUAUUCAAUGUGUUUCAAUGGGCUAAUAGCAGUAAAGCUAAAUUCAAUGUUUCAUCAAUCUCUAUACAUAUAUAUAUUAAUCUCUCUCUAUAUAUAUAUAUAUUAAUCUCUCUCUAUAUAUAUAUUAAUCUCUCUCUAUAUAUAUAUAUAUAUAUUUAUACCUUAAGUGGUCUUAAAACUCAAGCUAAUAGCUGUUUUGAAAACUGUAAUGUUUACAUGAAUUCUGAUUUAUUUCCAGAGAUACACCACAUCCUGAAAUAUAUGUCAAUAUCUUCGUUAGAAAGGAAAAUUAUAUUUCCCUUGACGGAGUGAUGCUGAAUGUAAAAAAAAAUUAAAAAUGGCUACAUUUACCCCACUGUCCUUGCCUGUUUUUAAGACUGAUGGACAACAACUGCAGCUAUCUAUAACGUUGGACUUCUGUGUGUAAUUGUAUUUUUUUGUAACAUGUUAUGUACACGCUGCUAUUUCCCUGUUUUGCAUUCUGGCCAGGUCGGCCUCACAAAAUUAGGUUUUUUAACCUCUGUGUGUCCUACCUCGUUAAAAUAAAGGUUGAAAAUGAAAAUAAAUGAUGUAGUCUGUGCCGUUGUCUGUCAGGUGAUUGUGUAAGUCUAACCCUUUUUCCCCCUCUCCGUGUGCAGGGCCGUCCUAUUGGUUCGUCCCAGUCGAUGAUGCAGCCUCCGCAUCACCUUGACCCCUCCCUCCUGAAGCAGAACCCCGCCCACCAGCCCCUCAAGUCCUACCUGGACAACUACAUGCCCCAGAAUGCAUCUGAGCUGCAGAAGGAGCCCAGCUCUAUGGGCUCCUUUACCAACUUCCCUUUAGGUAGGCCUUCGUGAUGCCUGAUGGGGAAAUAUCAAUCCGAUCAUUUAGUAGGACCGACACAAUCCAAAUUGCUGGGCUUGUGAUAGCCUAGCGUCCUGUCCAGGGGGUGUACUGUACAUCAAGCUGUCUCACUACAGAAACAGGAGAUAGACUAGUGUCCUGUCCAGGGGGUGUACUGUACAUCAAGCUGUCUCACUACAGAAACAGGAGAUAGACUAGUGUCCUGUCCAGGGGGUGUACUGGUACAUCAAGCUGUCUCACUACAGAAACAGGAGAUAGACUAGUGUCCUGUCCAGGGGGUGUACUGUACAUCAAGCUGUCUCACUACAGAAACAGGAGAUAGACUAGUGUCCUGUCCAGGGGGUGUACUGUACAUCAAGCUGUCUCACUACAGAAACAGGAGAUAGACUAGUGUCCUGUCCAGGGGGUGUACUGUACAUCAAGCUGUCUCACUACAGAAACAGGAGAUAGACUAGUGUCCUGUCCAGGGGGUGUACUGUACAUCAAGCUGUCUCAAUACAGAAACAGGAGAUAGACUAGUGUCCUGUCCAGGGGGUGUACUGGUACAUCAAGCUGUCUCACUACAGAAACAGGAGAUAGACUAGUGUCCUGUCCAGGGGGUGUACUGGUACAUCAAGCUGUCUCACUACAGAAACAGGAGAUAGACUAGUGUCCUGUCCAGGGGGUGUACUGGUACAUCAAGCUGUCUCCACUACAGAAACAGGAGAUAGGACUAGUGUCCUGUCCAGGGGGUUGUACUGGUACAUCAAGCUGUCUCACUACAGAAACAGGAGAUAGACUAGUGUCCUGUCCAGGGGGUGUACUGGUACAUCAAGCUGUCUCACUACAGAAACAGGAGAUAGACUAGUUGUCCUGUCCAGGGGGUGUACUGGUACAUCAAGCUGUCUCACUACAGAAACAGGAGAUAGACUAGUGUCCUGUCCAGGGGGUGGACUGGUACAUCAAGCUGUCUCACUACAGAAACAGGAGAUAGACUAGUGUCCUGUCCAGGGGGUGUACUGGUACAUCAAGCUGUCUCACUACAGAAACAGGAGAUAGACUAGUGUCCUGUCCAGGGGGUGUACUGUACAUCAAGCUGUCUCACUACAGAAACAGGAGAUAGACUAGUGUCCUGUCCAGGGGGUGUACUGGUACAUCAAGCUGUCUCACUACAGAAACAGGAGAUAGACUAGUGUCCUGUCCAGGGGGUGUACUGUUCAUCAAGUUGUCUCACUACAGUAACAGGAGAUAGACUAGUGUCCUGUCCAGGGGGUGUACUGUACAUCAAGCUGUCUCACUACAGAAACAGGAGAUAGACUAGUGUCCUGUCCAGGGGGGUGUACUGGUACAUCAAGCUGUCUCACUACAGAAACAGGAGAUAGACUAGUGUCCUGUCCAGGGGUGUACUGGUACAUCAAGCUGUCUCACUACAGUAACAGGAGAUAGACUAGUGUCCUGUCCAGGGGGUGUACUGUACAUCAAGCUGUCUCACUACAGAAACAGGAGAUAGACUAGUGUCCUGUCCAGGGGGUGUACUGGUACAUCAAGCUGUCUCACUACAGAAACAGGAGAUGGACUAGUGUCCUGUCCAGGGGGUGUACUGUACAUCAAGCUGUCUCACUACAGAAACAGAGACUAGCCCAUUCUGUUUUAACCUGAUGUGUCUUCAUAGUUGUGUAAUUCAACAGUGUUUUAUCCUGUAUCUUGUCUCUGCUGCUUUUCCUUGAUUUGUGAAAUCCUAAAGUAUUCUCCUCCUCCUCUCUCCUCUUCUCUAGGCUUGACCUCUGACCUGAAUGUAGGCCUGGACAUGGGGUCUGGUGUGGGCUGUAAGGAGCCUCAGUCUCGUCUGAAGAAAUGGACGGCCAUGGACAUGUCCGUUAACUCGCCUCUGGAGCGCAAACCUGGUAAGUCACUCACUGUGUGUGUGUGUGCGCAUGACUGGGUGUGGUGUGUUGUGUGUGUGGUGUGUGCGCAUGACUGGGUGUGAGUGUGUGGUGUGUGUGUGUGUGUGUGUGCGCAUGACUGGGUGUGAGUGUGUGGGUGUGUGUGUGUGUGUGUGUGCGCAUGACUGGGGUGGUGUGUGUGUGUGGUUGUGUGCGCAUGACUGGGUGUGUGGUGUGUGUGUUGUGUGUGUGUGUAUGUGUGUGCGCAUGACUGGGUGUGAGUGUGUGUGUGGUGUGUGUGUGUGUGUGUGUGUGUUGGAGAGAAUACAUUUAGCUCCGUUACUGAUCACCAGCUGGGCAGUCCGACUGACUGAUCUACUAAUAAUAAUAAUAGUUAUUUAGGACUCAAGGUGAUUUGAAGGUCAGUCAGUCUCCGACUGCGAUGCGAUGGAUCUCAAACACCACGUAUGUCUCCAGGUGCUAUGGCUUCUUGGCUGUGGCGUGUGUCAUAUAAGUGGCGCAGUGGUCUAAGGCACUGCAUCGCAGUGCUAACUGUGCCACUAGAGAUCCUGGUUCGAAUCCAGGCUCUGUCGCAGCCGGCCGCGACCGGGAGACUCAUGGGCGGCGCACAAUUGGCCCAGCGUCGUCCAGGGUAGGGGAGGGAAUGGCCGGCAGGGAUGUAGCUCAGUUGAUAGAGCAUGGCGUUUGCAACGCCAGGGUUGCGGGUUCGAUUCCCACGGGGGGCCAGUAUAAACAAAAUAUGUAUUCACUAACUGUAAGUCGCUCUGGAUAAGAGCGUCUGCUAAAUGACUAAAAUGUAAAUGUAAAAAUAUAACACGUGGCGUGUGUCAUAUAACACGUGUAUAACAGUGUGUGUGUAUAACGAUGUGGUGUGUAUCUGUAUAUAACAGUGUGUUUAACUGUGUGUGUCUCCAGGUGCUAUGUCUGGGUUGCGUCUGGAGGAUUCUCCAUUCGGUCCCUAUGACUUCCUGUCUGCUGGCUCCGCCCCCCUCAGCUCUCCCGGCCAAUCAAUGGGCUCGGUGGGCGACAGCUGGCCCCCU